CUCAAAUAGCUAAUGUGAUAUAUCAUAAACUGGAAAGCUAUUGGUCAAUACUUAAUGAAUUAUCACAAGUUUCAGCAUUUCUUGAUCUAUGGGUAAAAAUGUCUGUAUGUAAAACUGAAUAUGAAAAGGAUAGAAUAAUUAAUUUAGUUUCAGAAUUAAAUAAAUAUUUAUCUGAAAAAUUACAAUUUACUGAUCUUACUGAUAACUUGACUAAUGAAAGAGAUUAUUUUU